AUAUUGAACAUAACCGACUGACCACCGUCUCUCUAUCAUCCUCUCCCUCUAUCUCUGUCUCUGCUGUACCUAUUCCAUCUCCCACAAGCUUCCAAAUAAACAGAAUUAAUAGAAAGUGAGAAUUGCACGGUUUCUUCUUGUUUGCAUGUUGAGAUCAUAAAUGUGAAGAUGAGAUGAAACAACAAUCCCACGCAUAUUUUCUCCAUGGCUACCUUCUCUGCCAUUCUCCUUGUUCCUAGUUUAAGACGUGAUGAUGAUCACCAAGGCAACAACAAGGGAUUCCUUCUCCCCAUUUGAAGAACCCUUCCUCAACGUAACCAUCGAUGGGAUUGAAUACAAAAUACAAGGGAAGAAUCAACGCCGGCGAUUUUGGUUUCUUGGUUGUCCAAUAUGACAAUGGUUCCUUCUGCUGAAAGCCUCCUUAUUAAUCAUCCACACCACGACGCUUAUGGUGAUGAUUGUUACUCGGACAACUGCGUAGGUCUUAUGAGGAGCCGAAUAUCAGGGCAUGAUCCUUGUCGUAAAGCCUGCUUAGAAUCCGAAACCGAUCUGGUGGUGGUUGGUCACAUGGCCGAAAACAACUCUAGAAACAGUAGCCUGAACGAAGCGGGCUCCAGCUCCAAGGACGUCCAACAAGAGAGAGAUGAAGGUUGGCUUCAACUGGGAAUCGGUGAUUACGUGACUGGUCGAACCGACACCAAGCUUGUUCAGGUGGAACCAACAACGCCAAGAGUCGGAUUGGUAGAGCUGGAUCUGUUACCACCUAGCGGCGGCGGUAAUUGUAGUAGUAGCAGCAGCAGCAGCAGUACACAACGGGUUAAGCCUGCAGUAUUAGCAGAUCCUCUCUUCCAUGUGAGCGAGUUUAGAGUUCCUCCUCGUCCAAGUAGUGCUAGUGGUUUCAUGGGUACACCCUUGUUCUUCCCACGCCAGAGGACCACCAGCUUGGGUUUUCCUCAACCGGAGGUCCCAUGGGGAUAUAGGCUUAACCCAUGGAAUCCUACACCAUCGUCUUCUUCUUGUUCUGCGAUGAUGUUACCUGGAACUUAUCAUGCCCGACAGUUCCAACAACAACCGGCCAUGGACGCCGCUGGUCCAAGCUCCGACAUUAUUAGAGUCAUCGAGCCUCCUCCGAGAACGCCUUCCGGUGUUUGGUUCGUUCUCCAAGCAUCGCAAAAUCAAGCAAAAGAACCUUUCUUGCCCCAGAUACCCAAGAGCUACCUAAGAAUCAAAGAUGCGAGAAUGACAGUUCGGCUGUUGAUCAAGUAUCUGGUUAACAAGCUCAGACUAGAACACGAAUCAGAGGUAGAGAUAACAUGUAGAGGGCGGCAGCUUCUACCUUUCAUGACUUUGCAACAUGUACGAGAUAACAUUUGGACUUCCACUUCCAGGGAUCCACUUACUUUGCUUCCAGAUUCCUCAACCAUGGACCAUCUCAUGAUUCUCAACUAUGGUAGGAGUGCUUAAAUAACUAUAUAUAUUAAUCCCUCCUCCUCCCAAGU